AUGAAGGGACCAAUAUUAAUAUUAAUCCAUCCUGCGAUUACGACCACGCCAGAGGUGUUGGAAGAGAAAAAAAUCGGUAUUUCCAAACAGCAUGCUACUGAGGUUGUCAUUGAGCAAUACUUGAUCAACAAGAUCAACGAUGGCACUGUUGUGUUGGAGACUUCUAAUUACUCUGAAAUACAUUAUAUCACCCCGGAAAGUGACGAGUCGGUUUCUUUUCCUAAAAAGUUGAUUGGCGUGCUGAGCGACAGCCUGAUACCAGGUGGUACGCUGUAUGGUUUGACUAAUGCUUACAAGAUAGAUGCUUUAGUGAAUAAUUUCGAGAUAAGCGAUGUUGGUGUCUAUCAUUGGGUGAAGAAGAACAUUAGCAAGGAGACGAAAAGUGUGAGCUUAUUGGCUUCAAACUCGUCUUCUGAGAGUGGCGUUGGCAAGAAGCUUCCUAUGUUUAAGAAGAUGCCGUUGUUUAAAAAGGCAGCCAAAAACGAGCCUGUGGAGAUUGCAACGGCUAGCGACGAAGUGGAUGAGCUUGAUGAUGACGAUGCCAGCAGUUCUAGUUCUGGCGACAUGAGCAACAAGGCCAAGUACUUUGAGAGCGUUGGUGCCGAUAGUAAUGGCGACGGGGACACCUCUGUGUCUGAGGACGACCUGGUGGCAGUGACAGAUUCCACCGGGAUCACGAUGAUCACAUGCGGCAAGACCAAGACGAGGAAGAAGAGAGCCUGCAAGGACUGUACCUGUGGUUUGAAAGAAGAGAACGAAGAGGAGAUAAACAAGAUCACCAGCCAGCAGGACCGCGUUCUGAAGUUCUCGGCAGAAGAGCUGACCGAGGUCGAUUUCACUGUCGAGGGCAAGAAAGUCGGCGGAUGCGGUUCGUGUUCGCUCGGUGACGCAUUCCGAUGCUCUGGCUGUCCGUACCUGGGCCUACCGGCAUUCAAACCUGGCCAAGCGGUGAACCUCUCCAGCAUAUCAGAUGAUUUAUAA